GACUGAGAAUUAUUAUUGAACGGUGAAGAAUUUAAAAGAAGAUGGCUUAUAAUUUUCCCGGUGUGCCAGCAGCCGCUAUGGCACCAAUGGGUAUGGGACCGAUGGGACCCCUUGCUUCAAUUGCUGGUCCACAAAGUUUUAUGGAAUUAGCAGGAGGCCAAGGAUUUCCUCCUCUACCUCCACCGAUACCAUUACCUGGAAUGAAUGAUUCUCCUUUAGAGUUCAGUACAAACAAAAAUCAACCACCGGUAGCUAGAGAAACAUCGGAAGAUAGUAGUGACAAAAGGGGAGAAAAAAAUGAUGUUAGGCGAGAUAGGGAAAAUAGAGAUAAUAGAGAUAAUCGAGAUAGCAGAAGAUCUAGAAGUGAACGAAGCGAUAGAAGAGAGAGGGAUAGGGAAAGAAGAGAAGAAAGAAAUGAAAGGGAUCGAAGAGAGGAACGACGACCAGAAGAACGAAAUAGUAUGAAUUCCACAAAUAAUAAUAAUAAUAAUAAUAAUAAUGGGCAUAACAAUUGUAAUUCGAAUGGUAAUGAAAUUCCAUCGUCAUCAUCGUCAUCAAAUACAAGUAAUACUCCAAAUUUGGGCCCUCAAAUGGAACAAGCGACAGGAGUUUGGGGAAUGGGAGUUGGGUAUCCGGUAAUGGGAAUGGGUCCAAUGGGGCCAAUGGGACCGAUGAUGGGUGAAAUGACGCUUGGUCCACAUAUGGGACAUACUCACAGUUACGGGCCUAUGAGUAUGGGAAUGAUGUCGCACGAUGGUAGCAUGAUCAGUGCACAGAUAUUAGGACCGGAACAAAUAAUGAACGACGCUGCCCAGAUUAUGAAUAGCGCUUUACCUCCUCCACCAACAACACCGCAAGGUACCAAAGAAAUUAUACAUUGUAAAAGUUGUACUUUGUUUCCACCAAAUCCAAACGCUCCACCUCCAACAACUAGAGAAAGGCCUCCAGGAUGCAGAACAAUUUUCGUCGGAGGUUUACCAGAAAAUAUUACAGAAACGAUAAUUCAAGAAAUAUUUGAACGGUGCGGUGAAAUAACGACUCUACGCCUUUCUAAGAAAAAUUUCUGUCAUAUACGUUUUGUACUUGAAAACAGUGUGGAUGCAGCUAUAUAUUUGUCUGGAUACCGAGUCAGAAUAGGAUCGAGCGGUGAUUCUGCAAACACUGGAAGGCUUCACGUAGACUUUGCUCAGGCUAGGGAUGAUCAAUAUGAAUGGGAAUGUAGGCAGCGUCAACUACAAAGAGAGCAGCGUCACAGAGAGAGGGUUGAAAAGGAAAGACAAAGAGCACCAUCCAGUCCACCCCCGGUAGUACAUUACACGGAUCAUGAAGCGUCAAACAUUUGUGAAAAGAUUAAACAAGAUGAUACCUUUAUGAAAGCGGUACAAGUUGUCGUUACGUGGCUCGAGCGUGGAGAUUGCACCAAACGCAAUGCUAAUACGUUUUAUUCGAUGAUACAGUCAACCAACUCUCACGUUCGACGAUUACUUACAGAAAAAGUCGCGUACGAAGAGGAGCUUCAGAAAGCUAAGGAAUUGAUGAAAGGCAGAAUGCAGGGACUUCUGAUACAAUUCAGUCAGAUUGAACGCGUCUUUACUGCGGCCAGCCACAAGAAGGUCUGGGAUCACUUCACAAAGGCUCAACGGAAGAAUAUCGAAAUGUGGAAGAAACAAUCCUCGGAGAUUAAAGCAGUACAAUUGGAAGAAACGUUGAUGGAAGGUGAAGGAGAAAUGGAAGUUUCGGAUUCGGAAGAGGAACCUCAACGAAAAAAAGCACGUAAUCAAUCGGAUGUGCACGACGAUUCUGAAAGGUUGCAAGCUUUGAAAGAAGAAAACGAUAGUCUUAGAUGUCAAUUGGAAGCAUAUAAAAACGAAGUGGAUUUGCUUAAAUCUGAGACAAAAAGUGAAAUAGAUGGAAAAGAUAAACAAAUGAAAAUGCUACAACAAACUUUAAAAGGUAUGCAAGAGCAACUGAUGCAGUCAAGAAAACAACAAGCACAAGACGAUCAGAAAAUCAAGGAUCUAACUGUAAAACUAAAUGCUACCAAAAAGGAAGAACCUAGAGAGAGUGAAAUAAUAACACUGGAUAAGGAUGACGAUAUAAACGAGGAACCUCGAACUCCCAAACAAUUAGUUGCAAUGUCCAACUUUGUUCAAAUUACUCAAAAGGAUGCCAAACUUAUAGGAUUAAUAGCAACAUUCUUACAUAUCCAUCCCUUUGGUGCGAGUGUAGAUUAUUUAUGGUCGUACUUACAAAAAAUGGAACCAGGUAUUAAGCCAAAUGAAGUAGAAGCCCUAAUGCAACGAUUUCCACAAGUUUUUAAACAAGACUUAUUUGGAAUUGGAGCAAAUAUGGAAAGGCGUUGGCAGUUUUCAGGCUUUAAUGUUUAUCGCAAUCACUAAUCGGCGUAGUAAUUAAACUAACAGAACAUCUGUUAAUGAAUUUUCAAAUAUUAUCGUGUCGUGGCAUUUAGUGUCAUAUAAAUUUUUAUUGUGAUACUUAUGAUUCUUGCGGAAAAACUUUAUUUCAUAACGUCAAUAAUUGUCGUUAUGAAGCGGAACAGUUGUAAAUAAAAUCGAUAAAUUGCAAAGACUUUGAAAAAGGUGGAGUAUGUUUGUUGGUUUCAGAGAAAAACAGUUGCAUAAAAACUAUUAACUAAUUUCUAACAUUUCUUCUUCUGAAUGAAAUUUCAAUUUAUUUAUACACACGAAUGUCUUUAUAAAUCAUAAAAAUAUCAUAGAAGCAAUCACAUAUCUCAAACAAAUUGUUAGUAUAGCAAACUUAUCAAUAAUAUGUUUUCUUUACAUGUGCAUAUAUUUACAUGUUUUGUGUGAUUAAUACAGAUAAAGUGAGGUGUAAUCAAUCCUUUUUCAAAAUGACUUUUCCAAUUUGAAUUUCUGUAUAGCAAGCUUCAGUUGGUAAAAACUUUGAAACGUUGAUUAUGUAUAAGUUUUUUUUUUUUUUUUUUUUUUUUUUCCAAGUAUGUCCAACGUGUAUUUCAUACUUUAGAAGCAAAAAUUUAGUUUAUUAUAUCUACAUAUAUUACUCGUGAUAUUACCAAGGAGGACAUUUCUUAUGAAAAGCGUCAAUGUUUCAUAAUAAUUUUGAUUUAUAAGGUACACACGUUUAAUUGUUUUGUAUAUAUUUACGUAAAAGUCGAAGUACUCAUCAUUAGGAAAUUAUAAACAAAUAUAUUGAAUCAAAUAGUAAUUUACAAAUAUUAUCAUUGCAAUGAUACAUUUUAUAUAACAUAAUAUGUAAUUGGAUUAUUUAGUAAGAAAAAGACAUUCGCAAUUUGACAUGCAAUACGAUUAAACCUUAAUUAUGUAAAAAAAACGUUUUUUAUUUAAUACAAUGGCAUAGACUCAAUUGGCCGUAAAACUAAGUGUGGUGGUAAUUGAUUGCUACAUACUUUUUAAGUUAAAUAUAGCAAAUUUGGAACGUAGAAAGAAAUAAAAAGAAAUUAAAUCUUA